AUGCAAGAAGAAAAAGAUUCAAAAACAUUUGGCCGUAUAUUAUUGGGCAUUUUUGGUGGAGUCGGUCUUACUGUGUUAUGUAUUCCUUUUGUAACACCAGCACUACGACGUCAUGCACUUCCUUAUGUACCAGCAACGAGAGAACAAUUAGAUAAUAUAUUUAAUCUAUUAAAACAAUAUUCAACAAAACAACGUCGACAUUUAGUUGAUCUCGGAAGUGGUGACGGAAGAAUUGUAUUCGAAGCAGUUCAACAAGGUUUACCACGUGCAACUGGUAUUGAACUAAAUCGUGUACUUGUUUAUUAUGCUCGUUUAAAAGCACUUACAUCAGGUCAACGAAAGAUUUGUCAAUUUAAACGAGCAAAUCUUUGGAAAUAUGAUCUAUCAAAAUAUGAUACAAUCGUUCUAUUUGGUGUUGAUACAAUGAUGGAACCAUUAUUAAAAAAAUUAUCCAAAGAAAUAGCCGAUGAAAGUGUUGUCAUAACAUGUCGUUAUCAAUUUCCGAUCAAUUGUGAUCGUACAAUAGGUGAAGGAAUUGAUGCUGUUUGGUUGUAUAAUUCACAAACAAUACGCAAUCAAAAAAUUUUAGAAAAAUAA